AUGUCUAUUGAUAAUCAACUUUCAAAAAUGUACUAUUGUCGGAUAUGUUCGAAUAAAGAAUAUCAUGCAAUUCAAUUAAUUGAACCAUUAGUUGAUCUUAUUCGUGAUCCAUUAACAAUGUGUCCUCGUAUUUCUUCUGUUCCGUCGAAUCUUUAUCUUACUCGUGAAUUUGCUCUUCAUUCAAAGCGUUUCCUUCUUUUUGCAUCUUCAUCACCAUUCCAUAUCGAUUCACCUUUGACAACAACUAUGACUUCAUUUGCACUAUGGCUUUAUACAUCGGGUUCACAAAAAACUCUUAUUGAUAUUGACAGUUCAUAUUUUAAAAGUCGAAAUGGAAAUAUAGCUGAAAUUGGUAUAACAUGGUGUUAUGAUUAUUUUAAAGAAAAAUCUAUUCGAUUUGAUCGUAUUAUUGCUUAUGAAUAUCAGAAAUUAGGAAGUCGUCGUGUUUGA